ACAGGCCCGCACAAUCACCGUAACCAAGCUACGCGGCCGCAUGCUGUAGGGGGGUGCGGCCACUAACGCUGCAAGGUGCGAAGCCAAGGGGCGCUCCUCGCAUGGCCGCGCGUCCACCUUCCUUUUCUCACCUCCCACAGCGCCGUGACAACCAUGGCCAUGGGCGGGUCUGGGAGCUUGGUGGAGCAGCAUCAUCAGCUGUGGAAUAUUGGUUGUAGCAAAUUCAAUCACCGGUGGUAGCAAAAAUCUACUACGGUUGCAGCAAAACGGCGUCAUCGCCAUCACGAGUCGCAGCUGAGAUAAGAAGCUUGAAGCUUUUUUCAAUGCGGUUGUAACUUUUAUAACUGUCGGUUGCAACUUUCGUUUUUCGUCCAUGGCUUCGUUUCCACGAUUGAAACUUUUUUUAUAGUCGGAUCAAGCUUUUUUCGUUGCUAGAUGAAGCUUUUUUUGUCACCGGUUGUAACUUUUCUUGGUCAUCCAUACCUCCAGUCGUAUACUGGUUGAAGCUUUUUUCAUAGCCGGUUGAAGCUUUUCCUAUCGCUAGUUGUAGCUUUUUUCGUCAUUGGUUGUAGCACUGGGCUUCUCCCCCGGUGCUCGAUUUUUUGUUGCAAGCCGCACACCGGGGAUGAGCAGCGGCGAGCAUGCCGGCAAGCUUCAGUCGUCGCAACCGGAGCUACAAUGGUCUCAACAAGAGCUUCAACCGCGGGGUGCGGCUGUUGCACGGGGUAAAGCAACAAGGACGGACGGCGGUGGUUGGGGCUGGUGACUGGGAUGGUGGCCGGCGGGGACGAGGGCGGACGGCUGUGACGAGGACGGUGGCCGGCGGGACGAGGGCGGACAGCUGCGACGAGGACGGCAGCUUCGUGGACGAGGGCGGCCGGCGAGCUGGCUGGCAUAUGGAAGAUCACGGGGCAGUGGGGAUGAACAGAUGGCAUGACUUUUUUUUUACCAGCGCAGCAAUUGGGGAAGAUGCAAUCGUGCGACUAUUAUGAAACGCAUCUUACGUCUACGGUACGACCGGCCGAAUUAUUCGACCGGCGCACCGGCGCAGAUCAGUGCCUUUUCUAUUUCCCUCGGUUGCUUCCCUCCAUUUUUUUCAUUUCCCUCCAAAAUAAGCUAACUGCCCAAAAAUCCUCCGCACCUCUCCCCAUCUAUCUCAACAGCACAAGUCCUGGGUUUCUCUUCCCCAACACCUCUGCCGGCUGGCGGCGGCAGGCGAUUCUCCGCCAUCUCUCCGAUUGCAGGUUAGUGCCUCCUUCGCACGGCCUCUCUCUUGCAUUCGACCUCCUACUGGGCUGAUCAGUCCGGCCACCGCGUUCGCGCACCUGUAAUCGCUCUGCCAUAGCGCGCACAGCGCCGCGUCCUCUGUUCCGGGGUCUUCAACCGGAUCAAGCCAUCGAGGGCAGCCGCGGCACCCAGCAGCUGGGGAACCCGAAGCGUUGGGCUGGGUCGUCGAGGCAACGCAGGCGUUCGCUCGCUGCUGCCAUGUUUCCCAUUCCUUGCCUUGCCUUAAUACAAAUCGGGUUGACUAGAAUCAAGGCAUGAAACCAGGCAACUAAUUAAUUAGUUAACCCACCAUACCACGCUUCGUCUAUUUGGGCCGUGUUCCGCUUGUCGAUUUUGUCAGUUAACAGCUGCUGAAGUAGUUCUUCAGUUUCGUCAGUUUAGGUUGUGUUUUUCCCUUUCCGUCAGUUUCGUCAGUAGCAAGUUUCUUCAGUUAGCAGAAAAUAAGCUGAGCUGCGACUCGGCGUAGUUUGUUAGCACUUUCCGCGGCCCUGACCUGAUCGUGGGAUGGCACGAAGGAGACGGUCAUGGCCGCAUCGCGGGGAGCGCUGGGAUGACAGCGCUCACGACCCGGACGUGCCUUGUUUCUUGUUUUUCAGUUGGUCUCUCUAAUUGCUGAAUAAGAAGGAAUAGAGAGCAGAAAGUUGUGAGGUUGAACGCGGCACAAAACUCCAUUGGCUCCCUCGUGUGAGCUCGAGCGCUAGGUCUGACAGAUUUGCUGGUCUAAGGAGUAGUUAAUUGCAAGUCUAACUAGCACGUGACAAUCUGCAUUAGCUUGUGGGUCAAUGUUGUGAAAUGUAUUACUACUUGAUCAGUGGUAUAUGUAGACCAGUGCUCAACUACAUGCUAGUUUGACUAAAUUUACAAUGUUUUUAACUUUAUGUUUUGGUUUUCUCAUGGAGCAGAUAUGACACGAAGUAAACUUCAUGUUGUUGAAUGCAAUGAUGAAUACAUGGCGGAGGAACAUAUUGAACAUGAGAAUGCCAUGCCUAAAGAUGCUGAUUCAUCUCAUGUUCAACCAUCAUCUUGUAAUAGCGAAGAAGGCUUGACUGAUAGUGAAGAUGAAGAGGACCAGGAUGACAGUGCUGCUAAUGAACAAGAUGAAGAUGGAGAAACAACCAAGCGUGGCAGGACAAGGCUAAAAGAAAUAUGGAAUCUUCCAAAAGGGCAGAGAAUUGUGGUCCAGUGCAAUGAACUAAACCAGCCAAUUGGAACAGAAGCUGGACGUCUUGCGAAUUUUCUUGGCACGGUUGCUAGGAAUGGAAAAUUGUGUAGUUUGAGCUACAAGGACUGGAGAAAACUAAUAGGAGAGAGAGAAAAAAGACCAAUGAACAAAGAAACAAAAGUGAUAUACUAGCGCAAGUAAAGAUGAGAUUUCUUACCCUUCUCGCUUGGAAAAGUAUAUAUUAAAGAAAAUUGGAGAUAGAUGGAGGCAACAUAAGUCAGAUCUGAAAGCACUGUAUUUUGAUGCAAAUAAGAGCAUGGAAGCGAAUAACACCAAUGUUCCAAAGGGUGUGAUUAAGGAUCAGUGGAUUACUCUGGUCAAUAAUUCGAUGACCCCAAAGGCACAGGGGAUAAGUGAGAAAAAUAGGAACAACUGUGCGAUGAGGAAGUCGAAACACACGGCUGGAACUAAGAGUUUUCCACGAGUUAGAGAACAGCUGAGACUAAAGGAUCCGGAAAAGAAGUACCCCCACAGGGUUGUCUUAUACAUGCAUACCCAUCAGCACAAAAGCGACAAGAAAAUGAAUGAACAAGUGGUUGAUUUGAAGAAACGGAUAGCAGCGAAUCCAGAUUUAGUAGAUACUAGUAGAGGAAAGACAGCAUGGAAAGGAGAUGUUUUGAAUGCAGUACUUGGCGCAGACAAGCCUGGACAUGUACAUGGCCUCGGACUAGUUCCGAAUCCAAAUCAAGUCUUUGAUGUGUCAACUUCACGCCACUUUCAGAAUAUACACCUUAGUUCAUUGGAGGAUACAUCGAAUGAAGAUCUUUUGGCUGUCAGACUUAAGAUGGAGAAGUUGGAGAAAAGAGUGGAAAACCAAGAUGCCGAAAUUCUGGAACUAAAAGGGAAGACAAAAAACUCUGAAGGACAGGGUUCUUUGGAUCAGAUAUCUAAAUCUCGAGAUGUUCCUUCUAUUGCUAAGACAAUUUCAAAGAGAAAAAGAAUUUAUGGCGACGGUCAUAGUCAACAACUUGGUACUGUUGGGCAGCAGAAUAAUGUGAAGAGCAAGGAAACAUUUCUCGAUGACAGGGAGAUGCAACCAUCAUACAAACGUCCUGCUGUGGAUAGAGCAAUGAGUCUUUCAUCCAGGAUGAAAAUGUGCAACAAGAGAAGGAAAACACUAGUGCAGAUAAGGGUUCUUUGGACAGUAUAUAGCGAUAGUCGUAGUCAACAACUUGGCACCGUUGGGCCGCAGAAUAAUGCGAUGAGCAAGGAAAACUUUCUCUAUGACAUGGAGAUGCAACCAUCAAACAAACGUCCUUCUAAGGAUAAGAACAAAGAUACUUCUAUCCAUGAUGAACAUGUGCAACAAGAGAAGGCAAACACUAGUGCAGAUAAGCUUCGUUGCCAGAACACUAGUAAGAUCUCAAGAGGAGCUAAUGCAACAAAGCAUGCCAAUAAACAACAAUGCAGUACAACAAAUUGCCUGGGUGCCGACUCGAUAGAUGUUGGCACUGUAGUCUUUUUGAAGAGCUUGGGAAAUCCAAACAGGAAUGUUGCUCUUGGUACGCUCCAAAGCAUGGACCCAGAAUAUAAAGUUGAGGGUGUUCAUCUUGGUAACCAAUUCUGGGCAGUGCGAGUUGAUGCUACAUUAGCAAAAUCUGAUCAGUUGAUACGACCACUAAAAAAGGUCAACAUUAUUGGUCAUGCAGCAGGAUUAAUUAUCGCAUGGCCUUCAACCUUUAUUGCUAAGAUAAAAUUGAUGAUGUAUGGCCCAGAUGUUGAUUGCAAGGUGGACAAUGGGCUCCUAUUUGUUAGUCUUGUGUAGUGUUUUAGGAUGUCAUUUCUAGUGUCAAUGUUUCAAACAUUAUGUUUUAGAAUGGUUGUGGCGUUGAUUGAAACGUCCAGACUUAGGGUACUAUGUAGUAUCACUUAUUGUAACCUUGGGAUCAUGUUAUUUGUAAUGCAACAAAGUCAAUUUAAUAUACGAGACCUUUAUGUUCAUUA